GAAAGAUUCUCAUGAAUUCCAAGAAAGUAGAGUCAGCAUAUCAGUGAGUGUCAGGCAUGACAUACACACCCACUGAUACAAACACCCACAUCAAUCACGUUUGCAGGGGGAGUCCGGGUGCCAGAAAUAUGUAUCUCCCAUCAACGCCCCUGAGCUGCCGGCGGGACUCGCAGGCGGAAUGGCAACAAACGAAGAAAACUUCGGUGUGCGCGCUUGACAUCCACUAUUUACGUCUCAAACUUCUUGGGGGAGCGUGCACGCGUUUGAAGCCGAAACCUUCACUCAUCGCGGCGAAGAGGCUCUGCUCAUCAGUCCACUCCGUUAAGAUCUUCAUCCGUCCAUCUGCCUCAUUGACACCACAGCCGAAAAACUGGAUUGGAUGACUCUUCUUCAGUGGAGUGGGACAUUUUCACGGUAAACCAGUGGCCACAUCAUCCUUCCCUCACAUCCCAAGAGUAGUUAAAGGAUUUCAACUUUUCCUGAAAAUCCAAAGAGCUGUUACUCUCACCCAGCGGCCGGCAGCGGACCCCGGGUGUGCUCCCUCACCAUGGCUACCAACAGGGAACAGCAGGUGGGACACAUGACGGGCUUCCCACCUGCUGUCUACCCUUUCGCCUUCAACGCUAUGAGGAGCCAUUCUCCCUUUGACCUGCUGGCCAACAGCAGCCUGUUUGGGCGAUUCGGUGCCGACCUGCCUAAAGAGAUGGCCGCUCUCUCGGUGGAGACCCAAAGCACCAGCUCAGAGGAGAUGGUACCCAGCUCUCCUUCACCACCUCCCCCUCCUCGCAUCUACAAGCCCUGCUUUGUGUGCCAGGACAAGUCCUCGGGGUACCACUACGGGGUCAGCUCCUGUGAAGGCUGCAAGGGUUUCUUCCGUCGCAGUAUCCAGAAAAACAUGGUGUACACCUGCCACCGAGACAAGAACUGCCAGAUUAACAAGGUCACACGCAACCGCUGCCAGUACUGCAGGCUGCAGAAGUGCUUUGAGGUCGGCAUGUCCAAGGAAGCGGUGCGCAACGACAGAAACAAGAAGAAGAAAGAUGUGAAGGAGGAGGUUGUGCUUCCAGAGAGCUAUGAGCUGAGUGGAGAGCUAGAGGAGCUGGUAAAUAAAGUCAGCAAAGCUCAUCAAGAAACCUUCCCUUCGCUUUGCCAGUUGGGCAAAUACACCACGAACUCCAGCUCAGACCACCGUGUCCAGCUGGAUCUGGGUUUAUGGGACAAGUUCAGUGAGCUGUCAACCAAAUGCAUUAUCAAGAUUGUGGAAUUCGCCAAGCGGCUCCCGGGUUUCACUACUCUCACCAUAGCAGACCAGAUCACUUUGCUGAAGUCGGCCUGCUUGGACAUACUGAUGCUGAGAAUCUGCACACGCUACACGCCUGAACAGGACACUAUGACCUUCUCAGAUGGCUUGACCCUGAACCGGACUCAAAUGCACAAUGCCGGCUUCGGACCUCUCACAGACCUGGUGUUUGCUUUCGCUGGCCAGCUUCUACCCUUGGAGAUGGAUGACACAGAAACUGGCCUCCUCAGCGCCAUCUGCCUCAUAUGCGGAGAUCGUAUGGAUCUAGAAGAGCCCCAGAAAGUUGAUAAGCUGCAAGAGCCUCUUCUCGAGGCUUUGAAGAUAUACGCCCGCCGCCGUCGCCCCAACAAACCUCACAUGUUCCCACGCAUGCUGAUGAAGAUUACAGACCUCAGGGGCAUCAGCACUAAGGGUGCAGAAAGAGCAAUCACUCUAAAGAUGGAGAUCCCCGGCCCGAUGCCACCUCUGAUCAGGGAGAUGCUCGAAAACCCUGAAGCCUUUGACGACCAAACAGAGAGCAACGACAGCCCGCCACCUCCUCCACCGCCGCCCCCACCUCCACCGCCGGCCCUGGUCCUGAAGCAGGAGGCUGAGGAUGAGGAGGACAGCUGGGCCACAGAAAAUGGCAGCGAGCCGUCACCGGAGGAGGACGACGAAGACGAUGACGAUGACGUUGGGGACGAAGAGCGAGACAGGGGCUCGGACAGUGAUGGGGAACCAUGGGGGGUUUUGGAUGCCAUAGAUGGGUCGAGGAAAGGCCUAGUUGGGAGGGCACAGUGAACAGAGCAUUUCAUACACACAAUCACCUACAGCUUCAAAGACACAAAAACUCCUACAUUUUUACACAUACAAACCUCACUCAAGCUCCCACCUCAACAAAUGCUGGCCUUCCCUCCGCUCUCUGUCUCUCUCCUUACUGCACAUCUUCAUGUUCUCCACAGCGGAGUACAGCAGAGCCUUAAUUGUAUAGACACUUUUUAACUCAGGCCACAUGGUCCAUGACAAGUGAACUACAGACAAAAAAACAUCAGGAGAGAAGAUGGAAAACAAUAUGAACUCCUGGCAUAGCCAAGAGGGAAGCUAACGUGACACAAAGAACAUAACCUCUUUGAGAAAGCUAAACGUCUCUCUCUCUCUCUCUUUUUCCCCUACUAUUGUUAAUAUCUAAACAGGGAACGGCCAAACCAGACACCAGAACUGAGCAGUUGUUUUUCACAGAUUUUGCAUCAAGCACAUUUCUCAAAAGAAAACAAUAGUACAGGGCAAAACCAAAUUGUGUAUGCUUAUCUUUUGUCUUUGUGGUUGUUGCUUUUUUAAAUUUGUAGUUUUUCCCUUUUUUCAAUUUAUGUAUAAGUCCAUACAUAUCUAUAUACCAUUAUAUUUUUGUCUUUAUUUGUUAUUCUGGUUUUAUAUAUGAAUCCUGUAGACAAGUUUUUCUUUGAAGAGCUUUCCUGAGAAGAUAUUCAGAGGGAAAGAAGGGUAAAAAAUCAGAACUGGCUGGGUCUUCCUUAGCAGCUACAUAUGCUUAGCUGGGGGCUUUUUGUUUGUUUGUUUUAUUGGGCACUUUGGCUCACUGUGGACGUCAAUGAUAAUCAACACAGAGGAUUAGUGUUCUGUUGCAGCGACUUAAUCAGUUUCUGUUAUCAGGGAAUUGGCAUUAUUCUGGUUUGCUCUGGACUAAAGCUGUCUGUGCGUAAAGCUAAAUAUCUUUGUGCCAAAGUUCGGGGAAGUCAAUUUUGGGAGUUUGACUACUGGCAGGGACUCCAGCCAUGAUCCAGCAAUCUUCACACGCACACAUUUAAUCUCUUUAUACAAAUGACUUGGAAGUAAUGCCCAGACAGAGACUUACAAUUCACACCAUAUAUGUAGCACUUUUGUGAUCCUCUGUUUUAGUCAGGCACGUGGCGUUAAAAUGCUACAAUUUCCAUUAGUAUGUCGACAAAAUCAGCAUACAGAAAACAAUCACGCACUCCCUAAUGAUGUCAGCAGACAAACAUACACAUGCACACUCCCAGCAUCCAUACAAAGUAGCAAACAUUAUGCAGCAAAACAAAUCUAAAACAUCUUAUGCAAAGUCAAAGCAGGAAUCCUUAUGGAAGACGUUGUGGAAUCAGACUCAGGGCUUUUCAGUAAGGACCAAACCCUAACGUUGCCCUCAGGCACGCUAGGAACAGGCAAUAUUUAUGUGUGUAUUCUUAACUCAGUUUUUUUUUUUGUUUGUUUUUUUACAUUUUUUUUUUUUUUUUAGUUAGCUCACCCCACCUCUGCGUGUACAUAGAAGGAGACAAGUCUGAAAAACAAGCGUGGAUGCCAGUCUGACUCAUCCAAAGGAGGGGAAACCUUCAUCAUCAUAACUACCCCGGCCUUUUGUUGCGCUGGCAUCCAUGCGGCAAACUGCCUUCUCAUCCCAAAAGCCAUUAUAUCAUCUUGUCUUCUUGUGUGUAUAUCCUCACCCCUCUCUUUAAAGGAGCUGUGGAGGAUUUUGUGUUUCUCAUGUAUCAUUUCUUUAUUGCCAAAAUGUCUGUGUUGGCUGGGAGAGCGCGGCUGACAUACAGCUCAGAGGAGUUCUUCCUGUCUCUCUUUGAAGCAAUAUGAACGCUCUUUCUGUAGCGGUGAGAGCUCCCGUUGUCUGAAUAGGGCAGAUUUCCUCAUUUUUGAGUUGUGUGAGUGUGUGUCUGCACGGGCGAGUGUGUGUGAAUGCUUUAACCUGUUCAGUCAUUGGGUGAAUGUCCUCGGCAUGGUGCUGUCACACACAAAAAAGAGACUCUUGUGUGAUGACCUCAUCCUUUCUUUCUCUCUGCUGGGCUGUCAUGAUGUUAAAUGAUGGUAAUGCCGGCAGAUCGUUGAGAUUACCUUGUUUUUAUGUUUAUUUUUCUUCAACAUGGCCAAGGUGUUGUCUACCCUCUGUUUAUGUCGACUCUUGUCAUACAAAGAAAAGCCAUAUAAACAGUAAGAGGCACAAUAAACUACUUUUGUGAGA